GCCGACAGCUCUCUCUGCGCUCCGAGGUCAUUACUGCUUUACUGCACCGAGUCCACCGACCAUCACCUCCAAACGCAAAACAGGUGAGGCUUCUCCACAUUUGAGCACUUUUUCCACGCGAUGUUUUGUGUGUUUACUUAUCUAUUUAUGAACACUUUGAGAGCUUUCGGUCGCAAUUUCUGAUGAAUGUUUUAAUGAGUCAAGCGCCAUUAUGGGACCAAAGUACUGAAGCACUUAUCUUUAAUAUACCUUCAUCAUGUGUUUUAAUUUUUAAUUAAAUGUGCCUUUAGUAUAUAAAAAAGUAGAGAAAUUACAGAGAAAGUAGAGAAAUGAAUUAAUGUCAAGAAUUAAUGUCAGUAACGAAUAUAUAAAAUACCAUGUUCAAGUUUUUUUUGUCGAGUUUUGUUAUGGUUAAUAGUCCCGUUCGAUGCCAUACUAGGCCUAAUAUUUCCACGUUUCCUUGCAGAAUGAAGCCCAGAAGGCUGCUCUUGUCCGUGGGUCUGUUGCCCACGAUCAGCGAGACGCACGAGGAGGUUUCCCAGGCGGGGCCCGCCGCCCAGGCGCACCAGUCCCUCGAGGACUACGUCGACUCGAUUAAGGAGCUGGCGCAGCCGGCCGCCGUCCCCGGGUGUGGCCCGCUCCGGGUCCAGCGGACGCAGCGGCCGCGGCUCUUCGCCAAACACGCGCCGCCCGCCUCCGCGUCCCGCCGCGCCGUCCGGGUCCGCCGACCCCGGGCCGCCGUCUGCCAGGACGGCGUCGCGCUGAAAUGCGACGGCAGGACGGACCCGGUGGACUGGCUGUUUGCGCAGACGCAGACGCAGCAGGACGUCCCGACGACCAGAGAGAACAUCCCGGCUGCGCUGUGCCUCCUGUGACCUCACAAGGCGGGAGACUAACCGCGGGACACGUCCCGUCAGCUGGGCGGCCCACCUCGGCGUCCGCGCCGAGAAGACGCGCGGCCGAAAUCAAACUUUCACCUUCUACCCGCUGUUUGAAAAAAUAAUAAUUUAAAGUGGUGUGCGUCAGACAGAGGACAGUGCAGAAGGAACGGCGCAGGUGCAGCGACCCCCACUUUGUCACCUGAAGAGCUCACAAAGUCGGACUUGUCUAAUUUAUUAUUUAUGCAGGGGCUACGUUCUGGUACAAAUGUUUACAAUUGUUGAAUCUUCUUGUAAUUUUGUUAAUUUUAUAAUAAAACGCAGAAUGUUGAA